CAAACCCCGAGCCCGUUUGCCCAGUCACAAGGAGAAAGAAAGAAAAGAAAAGAGGUUUAUCCUCCCAUUCGCCUUGCCGAGAGAGAGAGAGAGAGAGAAAUUUAUAAAACAACACUUUAGAGAGAGAAACACAAACCUAAAAAACUCUCCAAAAACCAUCGUCACCAGAACUCACUCGGGUUUUCUGUUUUUCAAUUCAAUCCAAUUUCGAAACAAAAAACGCGUUUGGUGUGUGUGUUCGCUCGCACCACUCUCAUGCCACUGGUUAACGGAGGCGAUACUUAAAACAAGCGUUGGGGGGGCUUUAAGACGGUGUCGUUUUGUAUGAGACAUAGGAUAUCGUAUUUGAUGGACGAGAUCUGGGAGAGAGCUAUGGAAACGGCGUUGGACGGCGAGAAGGACCACGCGGCGGCGCGGACGCUAACCCUAGACGGCGCCGUUAAGUGCGUGCAGGGGCGGUUACCUCCGCCGAGCCUUCUGGAGCGGUUCCAGAACCUGCAGCACCUAUCGAUAGCGAACGUCGGCGUUUCGUCGCUGGAGCAGUUUCCGCGGCUGAGGAAUUUGCAGAAGCUGAACCUCUCCGACAACCGGAUCGCCGGCGGGCUGGAGUUUCUCGUGCAGGCGGGGCUGGAUUCGCUGCGCGACCUCGAUUUGUCGAACAAUCGGAUUCAGUACAUUGAGGAUCUCGCGCCCCUCGCGCAGGUGAAGCUGGUCUCGCUGGAUCUGUACGAGUGCCCCGUGACGCGCGUGAAGGACUAUCGAUCUAGGGUUUUCGGGUUGAUCAAGUCGUUGAAGUACUUGGACAAGAUGGAUGCGGAGGAGAACGAGAGGCCCGAGAGUGACGACGAGGACGAGGAUGAGGACGAGGAGGAGGAGGAGGAGUUAGAAGAGGAUGACCCCGGGAGCGGCGAGAUUGACGGAGGUGAGGAGGAUCGUCCGUUUGGGAUUAACAAUGGGCACAGUGAGGGCGCUGAUGGUGUUGUUGAUGCUGAUGAUGAGGAGGAGAGUGACGCGGAUGAGGAGGAGACGGAGUCGUCGAGGCGGAUGGUUGUUAAUGGGGAGGGCCACCGGGAGAACGGUUUUCGGGUUGCGCCCGUCGAGGGUGACGACGUGGAGGAGGAGGAUGACGAGGAUGAUUCCGGGGAGGAGAUUGAUGAGGAGGAGGGGGAUGACGAUGAUGUGGUGGAGGUUCAUGAGAUUGAAGAUAGUGAUGAUGAGGAUGGAGUGGAGGAGUACGAUGACGAGGACGAUGACGAGGAUGAUGAUGAGGAGGAGGAAGAGGUGGAUAACGACGAGGGUGAUUUUGCGGAACCCGAGAGUACCGGGAGGCUGACGAGUACUGAGGGGGAGAUUGAUGGGCAUGAGCAGGGGGAGGAGGAUGGGGAUGAGGAUGAUAAUGGGGAGACUGGGGAGGAUGAGAUGGGGGUCGAAGAUGAUGGGGAGUUUGAAGAUGACGAUGAAGAAGAAGACUAUGGUGCUGGGUAUCUUGUUCAGCCAGUUGGACAGUCUGAUGCUCUCAAUGCUGGAGGAGCUGAUGUGGAUGGUGGAAAUGAUGACGAUGGUGAAGAGGAGGAUGAAGUUGAUGACGACGACGAUGAUCAGGUGUUGCCUCCUCCUGACUCUUCCCACAAGAGGAAGAGGGAUGAUGAAGAGGACGUGGACGACGAUGACGAUGUGGUAGCAUUCACGAAGUCACCCAAGAAGCAUCAUUGACUUCUAUUAUAUAUAUCAAUGUUCUUGUUCUGUUUCAGGCUUCCAUGUGUUGGAAGCAGGGAAACCUCAGUUUUAGAUAGAAGAACGAUUGAUUAGUUUUUAGGAAUUUAGCUCUCUCAUGAACAGAGGACAUAUUAGGGGAAAAAAAAAAGAAUUGUAUGUUGGGUGGAAAUGUGUUUAGUUCAAAAAGUCGUUAGUGUUUUUUCCCUCUUGCCUUUCACAUAGAGCCGUUACUCUAUUAAAUAUUCAAAUGGCAGUUAUCAGAGGUUUACCGCUCGGUCAUGUGCUCGAUGCUGGUGUUGUUGGCUUGUAAAGGAACUGGCUGGUGCUUGGAGGGAAAGGGUGGGAACCUUUUCAAUUUUUUUUUGUUUUUCAAAAUCCUCUAGUUUAUUGAGAGUACUUUUUUGGUGGGAGAAAAAGGAAAAAGCUUGUAAAAACACCUGUAGAUAGUUCUUUCUUUCUUAUGAUGAAAAUGAUUCCUAUCGAUCAAA